AAAAAGAAAAAGAAAACAAGAUGGCAACGAGUUCAGAUCACGGACUGAAAAGAAUAGUCUGGAAAAGAAUACAAGAUACAAUUAUUACAGAUUGCAGGAAAUCUGAAGCAUGGAAGAUAUUGAUUCUGGACCCCUUCACCACCAAGCUCCUCUCAUCAUGCUGCAAGAUGUCGGAUCUGAUGUCAGAAAAAAUAACGAUUGUGGAGGACCUGUACAAAAACAGAGAGCCUGUUCCAGAAAUGAAGGCCAUCUACUUCAUGUCACCAACGGCUAAGUGUGUGGAUGCCUUAAUCGCUGACUUCAAGCCCAAACCUAAAUAUAAAGCAGCAUAUGUUUAUUUCACUGACUACUGCCCCGAUGAGCUGUUCAACAACAUGAAGCGCUCCUGUUCUACGCACAUCCGAGUCUGUAAGGAAAUCAACAUUUCCUUCAUACCGCAGGAGGCUCAAGUGUUCACGUGUGAUAAUCCUGGGGCUUUCCAAAGCAUCUACAGUCCCAACAGUCAGGACAAAAAGAAGACACUGGAGACAAUCGCAGACCAGCUCGUCACUCUGUGUGCCACGUUGGACGAGAACCCGGGGGUCCGAUACAAGAAAGACGGCAACAUGCAGAACGCCCAGACCCUCGCCGAGCUGGUGGACAACAAGCUGGCCCAACACUACCAGCUGGACGAGAGCGGCAAGAAAACGGGAAAGACUCAGGCCCAGCUGCUGAUCGUGGAGAGAGGGUUUGACCCUGUCAGCCCCAUCCUGCACGAGCUGACCUACCAGGCCAUGGCUUACGACCGCAUUGAUAUCCAGAGCGACACCUAUAAGUACAAGGCUAAAGAUGGCUCGGAGAAGCAGGCCCUGCUGAAUGAGGACGACGUGCUCUGGGUAAAGCUGAGGCACAAGCACAUCGCCGAGGUCUCGGAACAAAUCCGCCUGUUGGUGAAGGAGAUCUCUACGAACAAGAAACAGACGGAUGGGAAGAUCACAAUUAGCAAUUUGGCCCAGAUGAUGAAGAAGAUGCCCUCGUUCCGUAAACAGGUGACCCAGAAAACUGUUCAUCUCCAGCUGGCCGAGGACUGCAUGCAGGAUUUCUCAAAGCACGUGGAGAAGCUCUGCAAAGCUGAGCAGGACCUUGCGGUGGGAUCAGACGUGGAGGGCGUGAAGGUGAAAGACCCCAUGAGGACUCUGCUGCCGGUGCUGCUCCACUCGUACAGCAGCACCCACGACAAGAUCCGGGUUGUGCUGCUCUACAUCUUCAGCCUCAGCGGAACAACAGACGAGAACUUAAGCAAGCUCAUCCAGCAUGUAAAGAUUGAGAAGGAACAAGAGUAUAUCCUGAACUGGAAAGAACUCGGGGUCCCCAUCAUCACAUCGCCCAGUUUCUUCUCUCGCAAAAUAACCCGACGCGAUCGUUCCCAGGAUCAGACGUACAACCUUUCCAGAUGGACUCCCAUCAUAAAAGACGUGAUGGAGGACGCCGUGGAAAACAAACUGGACACCAGAGAGUGGCCGCACCAGUCUGAGUGUCCUGCUGCCUGGAAUGGCACCGGAGUCGUCAGCGCCCGUCAGAAGCACAAAGCCAGCACUCAGGACGAACGGCGGAGCGGCUCGCGCCUCAUCGUCUUCAUUCUGGGAGGAAUCAGCCACUCUGAGAUGCGCUGUGCCUACGAGGUCACCCAGGCCGUUAAAUCCUGCGAGGUCAUCAUAGGGUCUUCUCACAUUUUGACCCCGAUCGGUCUCCUAAAUGACAUCAAGGCUCUGAGCAAAGCCCCCAUGGAGACCUUUACAAUAGAGGAAAGGAGCGCCGCCUGAGAAGUCCAAUGUAAACAACUCCCCAAAUCCCCCUGCCUGCCUCGCCUCAGCACAGUGCACUCAACUCCCAGGAUGGAAAACUGAAGGGAAUUUGCCUUAUCCUUAUCUUUAUGUUUUAAUGCUCUUCCCAAACCUGGUGCACAUGACAGUAGAGAUGAGGGCACAUGAUCUUUUGUAUAGCUCAACCACAAGAUCUUGGCCUUCUUAUGGCAUAUGUUUUUGUUAAUUGUCAUAUAGAUCAUAUUAAAAGUGAAUUGAUCUCCUCUUAUUCUAUAUAUUUUAAGUAAAACGUGUCUAAUCUGCCUGUCUUGGGUUCGCUGUGCAUAAAAGAUUCUAACUAUGUUCCACGUUGAAAGUCUCAGACAGAAUGGGGAGAGAAAGUUAAUGUAUAUACUGUAUGUAAGCACUGAGUCCCUGCUGAGUCAUUCUGACCUUUUCUGUCUCACUUUAUGUAAUUCUGAGAGUGUUUUAACACAGAGUAUUUACGUUUUUGUUAAUUGAACAACUGACUUAAUAAAUGGGGAUGAAGUGGUUCAAAUCUG